CCUCCACCACCUCCACUGCCACUGACUGACGGAGCGGGUGCUGAGUGCCCUGAAAGUGAACGCAAGCCCAAGGCUCCAUUUCUUCUGCUUUGCUUCUGGGGAAAACCUCGUCCCGUCUCCUCCUCUCCCUUUGACUAGCACCAACCAAAACACAAUAAACUCUUUCCUCUCUUCUCCAUCCAUCAUCGACGCCUUCAACUGUCGACCACGGAUUCACGGUCGACUUUGUCCUUCAACCUGCCUGUUGUUCCCCCAGAGGACAGCUGACAGGCCGCUUCCUUUUUCCUUCCAUUGAUUUCCUCUCCACACUUUGAGUUUGAGCCUCCAUAGCUCUCCUCCCGCACAACACUCACGCACACACACACACCCAACUCAUAAUCAACCACAACCCAUCUAAUGUCCGAAGUGACUUCACGGACGUCCGCCUCGCGCGGCAGAGGCUCUGGCCGCGGUGGUAGAGGAGGUUUUGCCGGUCGCGGCGGCCGACGAACCAAUGGCGACAAGCCCGACCACAGCACCGCUGAUUCCCAAGGUGCAUUCGAAGAUGAAGGAGACUUUGGCGAGCUUCGAAAGCAAUAUGGCGACAAGACCUCGGUGAUUCGAGAGAUGUUCCCCGACUGGUCUGAGGCCGAUGUCCUUUUUGCUCUCCAGGAAACGAACGGCGACGAGAACGAAGCCGUCACCCGCAUUGCUGAGGGAACAAUCUCUCAAUGGGGCGAGGUUUCAAAGCCCAAGAAGGCUUCCCGAGCUAAGGUUAAGGACCAAGCUCCCGCAUCUUCGAACGACGUGACGUCUACUGGACCCCGGGCCACUCGUGGUGGCCGAGCUGUAUCUGAGGGAGGUCGUGGCCGAGGCCGAGCUACAGAUCGAGGAGGCCGUAGCACACGUGGCCGACCCUCUGUUGCUCCCACUAACGGCGCUGGAACCAAGGACAGCUCAGCCUUGUCUGUUCCCACAGAGGAGUCAUCUGCUUGGGGCACUAAGGAACCCAAGAAGGAGACCUCAGAGGAGAACCAGCCCAUUGCUGAACAACCUGCCCCAUCUGCGACAACAGAGGCACCCAAGCCUGCUGCCCCUGCAGUGAAGACCUGGGCAAGCAUGCUCCGCCAGUCCGCUCCCCCUAAGGCCCCGCCUAAGCCAAAAGAAGCUCCUGCUGCUCCUCAGCCAGCUGCCGAACACGCUGAAACUGAAUCUGCCCCCGAACCUAUCGAACCCGAGGCUGAGGUCGUGCCCGAGCCCGAGUCCGAGAACGCACCUGCCCCCGCCGUCGACGAAGCUGAUGAGACUACGCCCGUUGUCGAUACCGCUACUCCCGCCGAAGUUCCUCACGUUAAUGUAGAGCCCGAGGUGGCUCUUCCCCCCUCCAAGGACGAGCUUACCGAAUCAAAUCUUGAACAGGUUGUUGACGAAUCCAAGCCGCCUCCGACUGGUACUGUAGCAAGCACCGCCGCUGACUCUUGGGACCCUCGACAGAACCCCGCAAGUGUUACUGCUACACCUAUCUCUGCUGCUCAACAGCAGCAUGCCGCCCCUCCCAGCGGAUUCGCUGCCACCGCUGCCAAAGCUACAGCUGAGCGAACCGUCCGUACUCCCAGCCAUCAUCACCAUCAGCGCCGUGUCCUCGACCAGGAAGAAGCUGUGCGUAUGCCUGGCAACCGAGAGGUUGACCGAGCUGCUGUCCAAUUCGGAGCCUUCAGUCUGAAUGGCGAUGAAGAUAUUGACGGCGACCGAGAGGAGCCCGAGACUAGAGCUCAACCUCCCGCCGACUCGCCUAUCACUCAUCCUCGUACCUCGCUUCCUCCCGCUACUCAAGCGGCUGUCCCCGAUUCAUUCGCACAGAAGCCCACUUCUACAGUUGCUCCUAUCGCAGCUCCUACCGCUCCAGCUGCGCAAGCGCAGGCUCAGAUUCCUGGCCAAGGUCCUGCUAGCGCUCAGCAAUACGGUCGAUUUGGCCAGGCUGGCGCCCAGGAGACAGUUGGAGUCCCCCAGAAGCCACUGGACCCUUUUAACCAACAGAGCACUCCCUCUACUCAACCUCCCUUCGACAACUUCGCUGCUCAGACUUCCCAGGCGCAACAGCCUGGUGGCGCUUUCAGUUCCGCACCCAGCGAUUACUCCUCCUACUACACUGCGAAUCAAUCCGACCGAAACCCUUACAACUACUACGGCCAACAGUUUGGCCAGCAAGGAGGGCAGGGCCAGCAGGAUGGCGCUGCGUCUCAGCAGCGACCUUUUGGUGGUUAUGGGGCAUCUCAGGUUGAUAACCUGAGCCAAUACCCCCAGAGCGGUCUGCACAACCAACCUCGAUUUGGCGGAAGUGCUGUGGAUGCUCAGAACAGCGGGAACAGUACACCCAACCCUACUACACAGGCGCAGCAACAGCAGCCUCAACAGCCCGGCCAGCAGCAACAGCAGCAGCCAGGCCAGGGAUCUCAGCCUCAGUCACACGGCCAGCAGUAUCCCGGCUACAACCACCCCUACUACAGCAACCCGUACUAUCACCAAUACUACUCUGGAUAUGGCCAAGGCGGAUUUGGCCCUUACGGUAAGGGCGGCAUGUAUGGCCAGCCCUAUGGCAUCUCCCCCAAUGCCCCCUAUGAUCACAGCUCGUCCCCUGCUGGAUUUGCUCAGUCUUCUCUUCACCGAGACAGUGGUCUGGGCUCUGGUCUUGGCGAUUAUGGCCGUGCGGCUACAACCCAGGCUGGCAGUCAGCCCGGCCUUGGUGGGAGCGCUUUUAACAGCGUCCAUGAUACCUUCAAUCGUGGAGGCUCCGCUUUCCCGUCUCAAGGCCAGUCGUUCAACAGCCCAGCGCAGCCCGGCAAUGCCGCGGCUGAUGACCUGAAGCCAUUUGGUGAGCCCAAGACCGCUUCUGGCCCUUCUCCCUCUCUGGGUGGAGCUCGACCCGGUUCCGCUACCAACGCGCCCCCUGCUCAGAGCGGUCUCCCGCCCCCUCAGAAUGUUGGUGCGUAUGGCGGUUAUCCUAGCCAUCUUCAAGGCCAUGGCCUCCAUGGCAGCAAUGCAUAUGGCAUGGGCGGUAACGCCGGUACCAACCAGCACGGAAACAGUCCCUACGGGUCAUAUGGACAAGGCUUCGGCGGCAGUGGUUACUACGGUGGCAACCAGCAGCAGCAGCAACAACAGCAGCGCGGCGGCUGGGGAGGCAACUAUCAUUAGAGAUCAGAUGCCGAACAGGAGCGUAGCGACAGACGAGGCCGAUGCCUGACGACUGGCUUGGCGGCAGCCGACGUAAUGUGUUACGGAAUAUCUUAGUGGAUGAGAGGGGACGAGAGGUGAACUAUGGUCAAGGAGUCGGGGGCGGGGCGGGUUAUAAUCAGCAUGAUGCAUAUGGCUUUCAUGGAGCCGGACGAAUAUUCAGUCUCACACCUCAAAUGUGUCUACGUGUACGUGUACGAUUGUUUCUUUUUUACUUUUUCUCGAGAAUCGCCUUAAGAAAAGAUCAGGGUGGCAUAUGGCAAAACAAAUCAAAGGGAACGGAACGGAACGGAAUGGAAGGGCAAGGCGUUUCGCCAUGGUCUUUUUUCUCUCUCUUUCACUCUAUCCCUCACUGUCAUUCUCACUUUACCUGGUAUUUCUUCAUGUGAAACGCCUGGAGCCAAACAACGAGAUUGCGUGCGUGUCAUUUUCUUUCCCUGGAUCAGGAUUUGCUUGCUUUGAUGGUAUUUUUGGGUUGUUUGUCGGGGGAAAGGGGGGCUCAACUGCAAACGUCUGGUUUCUUAUUUAUGACAACAAACAAACAUUUUGGGAGACGGGGUUGAACGCGUGUUCGUUUAACAAUGUAUUCUUUCUUGACUUGAACCAUAGGGCGAUGAGGAAAGGGAAAAGGCAAGGCGUGCAUGGGAGAAGGCAAUGGAAAGGAAUUGAAUGAAUUGGUUUGGUCAGGCAUGAGAUUGAGAAGCUCCCUUACAAGGGCUUUGAUCCAAUGAUAUCAACGAAAAUGAGAAAACUUAUUGGAGAGGAAAUA